AUGGAAGAACUUGACACAUUGCUUCCAUUGGCUCUGGCAUGCAGAGAUGAUUCUCUUCAGGAAAUUAGAGCAAACUUUGUAGAGGCCUGCAGCAAAGUGGCAACAGCUGUCCUGGCAAGACUAGAGGAGAAAAGCAAAGACGUUCCCUCCAAGGCUCCCCUGCAAGACUUGUACGCUGCCCUUUCCACAGCGAUAUACGUCUUUCAGCAUUUUACAAUGUAUGGCAAUUUAAUGAGAGAAACGAGCAAAAAGACAUUUUUAAACAAUUGUGAUGAACACCUUCCUCAAGAUUUUUCAAAAGUCUUUUAUCAUCCAUUACACUGGUUAUUUUGCAUACCAUCAUCCUGUUCUUCCUUACUGAAGACUCCAUCAGCCAGAGAAAUGGCAGCCCAGGGUCAGCUGAAACUGCUCUUAUCCCAGCCAUACUGUAAUUUGAACUUGCUUUUGGAAACAUUGCUACACCAUGAUUGUCUCUUAGUGAAAAUUUUACUGAGAAGUUCAAAACAAAUAAAUAACAAACAGCCUACUCUGAUUGAAACAAUCUUCACAAUAUUGUCUUACUGCACUUUAUCACCCAAAUCUCUUGGCAUUGCUUUUGAGACUUACAUGGAAAAAGAGCAGUUGUGGAAUUGCUUAUACAACAUGACAGUUUCCAGUUGUGGUGAGUCGGAGCCAGAGGUUAUCAGAUGCUUGAAGUUGACUUUGAUUAAUUCAGUCAAGGGUAUAGUGAAGCAGAUAAUUUCUUUGAUGCAUUCAUGGGAGGCAACAGAAAACUAUGGAACGUACCAGCACAAGCAAAUAGUUCCUGAAAGUUUACUGAAAACGGUUCCAAAGGAAUGGAAUUACACGCCUCGGGAAAUGAAGAGAAAAGAAUCUGGAAAAUGCUUCACAAGGCUUGCAGCUCAGGCAGUAUCUAUUGUAAUCAGCAAGUUACCUACAGUGAUUGCAUGUUUGCCUCCCUCAAUUAAGUACUUCUUUUUUCUGGCUGAGAGAAAAAUGUCACGAAACUUUGCUGAAUUGAAGAAAGCUGGUCUGCUUGUCUGGAACUUGAUUGUAAUUAUAUGUCGGAUAUUUGAGGAUGGAAAUACUGCAGAACUUUUAACAGGUGCAACACUUGACAGAUGGAGCAAAGAAAAACUCAGUUUAGUUCGUGUGUGCUUAGAAAGUAUUAUGGGAAAACAGAAAAGUGGUCCUAAACAAGUGACCCAGAAGGUUAUACAAAGCGUUGAACAGCAAAGACCAAACUGGAUUGAAAGCCAAUUGCUGAAAGCAAGAAAAUUGAGUACAGACUGUGCCUCAGUCACAGUAGAAAGUGCAACGUUAGAGGAAGGAGGUAUUGCACUUGGAUUCACUGAGCAGAAAAUAAACAUGAUGGUCCUGGAUAUCUGCCACAAACCAGGUGGCAGCGAGUACCUGAGGCAAAUUUAUCACAUCAUCCAGCUCAAUGAGGAAUAUUUGAAAGAGCAGCUGUCUUGUGAGAAUUCUUCUGAAGACGGUGUUACCGCCAGUCAAUGCCUGCCUUUGACACUGAAGGGCAGAGAAGAGCAGCCUGUCUUCAACCCUUUCCAGGUGUACAGACAAUCUUGUGCAAAAGUGUUCAAUCAGGUUUCCAUUACUGAAUGGAACUGGGAUUGGUCAAACUUGCUGCCAAGUUAUUUGGGACUGAAUCAGAUGACCUUCAGGGUGCUGCUGGCACACAGGUGGGAAAUGAAAGAAGGUGCAGAUCUUGAAGAUGAGGAGAAAGUUAUGGUGCAACACUUAAAAAAUGUUUAUUUGACACAGAGCACUGCUACCUCAGAGGAUAAAGAAGAAUAA